UGCUAAUGCGCCCCUUUAUAUGACAAGCUGUCAGACGCCAUUGCGCAAAUAAGCGGAGUCGUGUGUGCAUGAUACACGGUUAAACAUGUUAAAAAGUUUUUCUGAAAUUUUAGUUUUAUUUUAUAUUUGGUGCCCAAAUUGUUCUAUAAGAACUGAUAUAUUAUACUUUUCUCCGUCUUGAUCAAGUGUGAAACGUAGUUAAUUAACUAGUGAAUAUAUUUAAUUUUUCCAUUAGCAGUUCGUCAGAAAUCACUAUCACCAUGCCUAAAGGAAAGAAAAAAGGAAAAUACGAACACAGGAGAACAGAAGUCCCUUACUCGUCAGAUGAAGAUGCUGGUAUUGAUAUAACCAAUGACAACUAUUCGGAGACCUCAGGUGCAUCGGACCUCAGAAGCAAUCAUGAUGAUGCUGAAAACGAGAUCCAAGAGAAGUUGGAAGAAAAGGUCUUAGAGAUAAUCGACGCGUUGAGCGCGAGAGCCAACGCAGCGCGCGCCGCGGCCCUCGUGGCGCUGCGCAACGCGCUGCAGCGCCGCCACCUCGCGCACCUGCUCAGCGGCCAGCGCGUCACCCUGGCCGAGCACGUCACCAAGGCGCUGCGCCGCGGCCGCGACGGCGAGCGCCGCGCGGCGGCGGCCGUCGUGCCCAUACUGGCCCUGCAGAUUGGUGAAGAGGGUACUGAAGAAUUUCUAUCAGAAGUACGUCCGGCUCUUGCGGCUGCAGCUAUCGACAAAUCGGCUUCACUUGACACACGCACUGAGUGCUGCUCAUCAUUAGCGGUGCUGUGCUAUCUGUUAGAGGAAGAUCUUACAGAGGUGCUUGAGAUCAUGCGCAUGUAUGAAACUAUCUUCAGCGGCAGUUAUCUUAAGGGAGACGGCAGCGUGAAGGUGUCGGGCGCGGCCGUGGAGGAGGGCGCGUGGCACGCCGCGGCGCUGGACGGCUGGGCGCUGCUGCUGCUGCUCGCCGAGCCCGCGCACGCUAGAGCUCUGCUCGCCGACCGACAGCCCUCCUUCCAGCGACUCGCUGAGCUGCUCGACGCUUGCAGCCUCGAGGUGCGUUUGGCGGCGGGCGGCGCCCUGGCCAUCGCGCACGAGCGCGUGAGCGGAGACGACGACGAAUACGACUGGCCCGAGGAGCAGGACGUGCUGCCGCGCCUCGAGCAACUCGCGCGGGACUCGCACAAGUACCGCGCCAAGCGAGACCGCAAGCUGCAGCGCGCCACCUUCAGGGACAUCCUCAAGUACUUCGAGGACGGCAGCGUGGGCAGCGAGCGCGUGCGCGUGGGCGGCGAGGCGCUGUCGCUGAACACGUGGGGCGCGCGCGUGGCGUACGGCGCGCUGGCGGGCGCGCUGGGCGCCGGGCUCGUGGCGCUCACGCCGCACUGCGCCGCGCUGCGCAGCGCGCUCGACCUCGAGCCGCCGCACGACGCGCCGCCCGUCGCGCUGCGCAAGCUCAACAAGCUGCAGCGGCAUCUUCAAAAUACUGCGGCGUGUAAAGCGCGCACCGUGGCGAGGAACAAGAGCAGAGACAAGCGCUCGGCCGCAUUCGCCCUUUGAGAAUAAUAAAAUAUUUUAGCCACGGAAUCUCUAGAAAAACAAUAUGGCCGGUUCCGACGUUCACAAACUCAGCAUUAGAUUCGAGCUUAGUUUUACGCUAGCAUUAGAUUGUUAGCUUAAAAUAAAGUACCAAAGAAAAUUCCCGUUGGUAUUGUUUGAAAACAAUGUUGGAACCGAGUUUGAGGCCUGCAAUUCGUUUCACCUUUAAAUUGUGCACACUGAACAUAUCCCAUUGCUCUAAUUAUUUACAAUGUCUUAUUUUAUGGUAAUGGAAUAGAAUGAUCAUUAGGAUAAUAGAAUGAUCAUAACACAGAACACAGAGUAUACUAGAAGUGGCAUUAAACAUGCAUACACCAAUAAAACCCAGAUUAUUGUAAAUAGUGUAAAAUAUAAAUGUCAACAUAUUAUGAUAAAGAGUUUUAUUACAUAAUUUCAACAUCUUAUUUUACUUAAAACAAAACCUGUGCCACUUCUACUAUACUCCCAAAACGGCAAUUCUGUAGGAAACAAAAACGAUACACGAUGACGAAAUCAAUAUGAAAAUUUUUGAUGUUUAUGACUCCUUUCUAAUACAAUAAUUCUGUGUUGUAUUUUAGUAUCGCAUGACAACAAAUUAUCGUGUGUCGAACCUGUUUCUCACAGAAUUUGCUCGCUGUUCUUAAAGACUACAGUUUUAAUAAGUAAAUUGUAUACCCAAUGACAUGUAUCGUCAUAUAUUUUAUUUAUGUGAUUUUUAGUUAAACUAGUUUGUAUAAAAACUUGAUAACUUACUCCUGAACUUGGUAAAUUGGUCGGCAUUCCGAACUAACUCCGCAAGCUGCCAUUAGAUAUUUCAAUUAUAUUUAAUUAAUCUUUAUUUUUAACUGUUAUAUUUAUUAAUAUUAUAUCGACAGAUGUUAUUGAUUAGUCAAAUUGCUAGUAUUCCUGGUUGUAUUAAUAAUUUCUUUAAUCUUUAUCAAGUUUGGAGUAAGGGAGUAUGUUUUAUUUCGGUUGAUAUAAUUGAUAUUUCUAAUAUGAUUUGUACUGUGUUUGUAUAUUUUUAUGAGUUACGGUUAACAGUACAGUUCAUAUACUUUUACGAAAUUUCUCUGUAAAUAUUAUUUUGUAUUUUGUUACCUGCGGCCGAAUAUGUACACUAACUAGGCUAAUUAGUACACGGAAUGUUGAAAUAAUAUUUAUAAUGAGAAUA